UCUAGUUGCCUAAGUUCCCUUCAUCAUACAAAUACACCACAAUUUCUCUCACAAUCACUUUAUAGCCUUAACAAUACCUCUCACUCUUUGAUAGAUAAUAUAAAAACAUCUCUUCUUGGGUCUAUCAAAUCUCUCUCUCUCUCUGAAUUUACUGCUCUCUACCAUAUAGUAUCACUUUGGUAUUGCUUCAUUUCCACUUCUUUUUGUUCCUUCUGCUUUUGCAGAACAUAUUCUCUCCAAUUGUUAUGUGUAAUCCCAACAUCAUUCUUAAUAUAUGUAAUUUUUUUGUUCUCUUUUCUUAUCCUCUUCAGUUUCAUAGACAUUCUCUUGUCUUCACACAUGUCUCAUGAUAAGUCAUUGUGAAAUUUCAUCCAUUUUUUUACACAAAACUCUUGUCAAUGUUACAUUGUGUUGUGACAUAUCAAAUUUUUCUUGCAACAAUUGAGACCCCAAAACCAAAGAUCUUAACUUUCUUCUAUAUUCAGUUUGAGGGAGAAAAAGGGUCAAAGCAAAGGUAGGUAGUUUAGUUAUUCAACCAAAGGCUUGUAGAGUUCAGAGAAUUGAAGGGGUGCAAAAAGUAAAAAAAUAAAAAAAACAUGUCUAAGAAGGGUUUGAAAUCAAUGAAGGAUGAAAAUCAAGAACUGCAGAAGCAAAUUGGAUGUAUUAGUGGAUUUUUUCUGAUGUUUGACCGUCACAGAUUCCUCACAGGCCAGAGCAACAGUCACAACAAUAUACCAAAUCAAGGGGGAACAAGUAAUAACAUCAAAGAGCUGAAUAAUGCAACACAAAAGGCAAAGAAUGUGAAGGUUGCAAGAGAGAAUCAACCAUCCUCGACAGAAUCGUCAUCUGGAACAUCGAUGUUUUCGUCGUCUUGUUCGUCUAGCAUGUCAUCCCUCGAGUUUAAUCGGACAAUACAGAUAGAACCACCACCUUCGAUAACUCAAGUGAAAAUCAACGAAAAAUCGAGUUCAGAAGAAGAGGUGAAGCAAAGGGAUAAAGGAAGACAGGAGUCGCUUGAUUUUCAUGAUAUUGUCAAAGACUCAAUGCGUAUGGAUUCACAAAGGUUAUCGGUGAAAACUGUGGCUAAACAGGAAAAGAAGAGUCGAAUACUGAAAAACGUCGACUCUCCGCGGCCUAUGGCUGCUUGGGAUUCACCAAGACUCUCUUAUGAUGGGAGAGAUACACAAAGUACAUUAAAAUCUGCAACAAAGUUUAAGGAACUUCCUAGACUUUCCUUGGACAGCAAGGAAAGAUCAAUCAAAAGUUUCAACGAAGGAACGAAAACUCGAAACCUUUUGAAAGGUCCACAGAAAGUGUGUGGAAGCUCCAACCCAAUCGAAAAGCAGGUAGAAGAACCAGAAAGUGCGAGAAGACCCUCGAGUGUUGUGGCGAAGUUGAUGGGAAUAGAAGCAUUCCCUGAUUGGAGCGAGACUUGUGACAGCUGCAACACCAACAAAAACGAGAGCUUUGUAGGAUCUCGAAUGAGCGAUGAAUACAGGAAGGAUGGCUCGAUCAUGAAUGUGUCACCAUAUUCAAAAUGUUCCAAGAGUAGCGAAUCAUCAACAAAAGCAUCAAAUCGUUCCCUCUCAGUUUACGGUGAAAUUGAGAAAAGGAUGGCAGAUCUAGAGUUCAAAAAAUCCGGAAAGGAUCUUAGAGCACUUAAACAGAUUCUUGAAGCAAUGCACAGAUACAAAGAAUCAAUCGAUACUACAAGUGAUCAGGCUUCGAAUUCUCCAUACGACAAUAUGAGUAAUAGUAGUGUCAGUGAAAGUUUGAGUGCACAAAGCCCAAGAACACCGCAGAAGAACCCGACAUCGAUAGCUGUUGGGAGGCCGAACUCAACUCAGGGUAGUAAAUCACCAAUUGUCAUCAUAAAACCAGCAAAAGUUGCAAGAAAAACGAAUAAUUCUUCGUCAACAGAAAGUUCAAUUCAUGGUAAAUCAUCGAGUAGCAAGGUUUACCGCGGUGAUGCUACCAAUGUCAAAGCUCCUCGAGAUAAAAGCAACAAGAUAACUUCAAAAUUGAUCCAAUCCUCAAAAGUUCCUCGAGUUGUCAUUGCAGAAAGCAACACCAGCUCUAACAUGAUGGCAGAGACCAGGAGCCCGAGACUACAAAAAAAGUUCGGUUUGGAAAAGCGUUCCCCGCCAACCAGUCCAUCAUCAGAUAUCAGCGGUAACAGAAGACAACAAAAUAAGCAAUCAACCGAAUUGUCUUCCCCGAGUAAAACACCUAGACAAAAAUUCUCUACGAAGGAAAGAAAUGAAAUUUUCGGUGAGAUCGGCUAUCAAAGGAGGGAUUUUAAACAAGUUGAAGCUGUUUCUAGCGGUGAUAUAAAAGACUCGAGCAAUGAAAACUUUACGGCUGAAACAAAAGUUACUGCAGAACAACCUAGUCCUGUGUCGGUUCUUGAUGCUUCAUUCUAUAGAGAAGAUCCACCUUCUCCGGUAAAAAGGAAAUCAGACAUCUCAAAAGAUUUUGAGGAAGUUCUGAACAAUUGUGAUAUUAGUGAGGACUCAGAAGAUGUUGCUCUUUCAUCGAACAUGAACGCAAAACUCAACUUCAGUGAUGGAACCAAUGAUCUUGACUUGAUAACUCAUAAUUUGGUUCAAGUUCUUCAACAAUUUGAGCAUAGCGAGGAUGAAAGAUUCAAGAAUUUCAGCGACCACGAUAAUCCUGACCACAAAUAUAUAACAGAAAUACUACUCGCAUCAGGGAGGCUCACUAGUCCCGGCUCCAGCUACACAUUGCAUUUGUCGGGUCACCCGAUUAACCCAACAUUGUUUCUUGCACUAGAGAAAAUCAAAACAAACGCGACGAAUCUCAACAUCGCUCAGACGAACAACACUCAAGAGAAGAUGCAAAGAAAGCUCGUAUUUGACGUGGUUAACGAGAUUCUAUUUCAGAAGCUAAUAACAGAGAGUUCUUACAAGCCAUAUCAUCCGGAACAAAGAAAACCAGAAGGACAACAUCUUUUGGACAUGCUUUGCACAGAAAUCGAUAAACUACAGCAUAAUAAUCGCAACGUCGACCUGGCUGACGAGGACGAGUUUUUGACGAGUAUUGUGUCGGAAGAUUUGGUGCAACAUUCCGCAACUACAGAAUGCUGCAAUGAGAUACCGAAUCUUGUGUUGGAUAUUGAGAGAUUGAUCUUCAAAGAUUUGAUAACUGAAAUUGUGAGAAGUGAGUAACUAACCAUUCUGGUGAGUAUUGCAGAUAGGAGCUAAGCAGGUUUAAUAUGAGAACUUAAUUUUCUAUGUAUACUUGAUAAUAAUAAUAAUAAUAAUAGUAUGAAGGGUUAAUAAGGUAAUUAAUUAACAUUAUAAAGUUUAUAAAGUCAUGAUGUUUUUGUUUAUUGUUAUCUUCUUUUUUUUUUUUUUUUGCAUGUACUUGGAGUGAGUAUAUGUUGAUGAAAUACAUGUAGAGAUGCAGACAAAUGUAUAUAUCAGUGACAAUCUUU